CCUUGGUUGGAAUUAUGUCCGAGAAAGUUUUCGGGUUCGACGCAAAAGGAAUUGAUAAUGUUAAAGACUAUGGUCGUGAGGCUGAGGCAUUGUCGAAAGGGAUCAUGUGGAUGAUGGCUGUCCCGUUUGGAUUGUGUUGUCUUUGUUACACUCCUUUACAUUUUCUCUUUAGGAAAGAUCGAAAAAUCGACACUACUCCGAGUUCAAGGGAAAUGGAGAUGAUGUGA